AGCCUACAUGUCUUAUUUUGUAACGCAGCUGGUGGAUAUUUUCAUUACAUAACACGCUGUACAUUUACGCAUUAGUUUUUCUCUUCAAGAUUAUACAUUCACUUUUCUCUAGUUGAACCCAAAGGCUCUUUAUUAUCAUGUGAAAGCGCAGUUUCCAGGGUACGGCUCCGCGAGGAUACCGCUUGCCAGGCGGAGAUCAUAAAGAGACUGCCAGUUCUCUUUCAAGUGACUUCUCCAGUACAAAGCUCCCUUUAUGGCUGUGAAUUGUAGACCGCUGCCCUGGUUUAGUGCCGUGUCUAAUGCGCCCAUAGUUCACACACUGGAAUGAGUGUUGGGAGAGGGACAAAGUUUGAGACCUGUACAAGUGAGGGCUCUAAAGCGAGGGUCGUCUGAAGACUUCAUCUGCACUCUGAGCAGGGCAAAACCAUUGGACAUUUGUUAUCUCCUACUCAGCUACAUCCAGAGACUCAUUAAUGUCAAUCAAAUGGUUUACACCAGGGGUCUUCAACCUUUUUCAGACCCUUGGUGGAUUAAGAGAUGAAGCCUGGCCUGAAUGAAAAUUCUCUCAUCAUGACCCUUAUUGCCACUAUGAGAGACCUGAAAAAGAAGGACCGGCUGGUGGAAGCAGCGGGUGAUGCAUACGGCAAGACCUUGACACUGCUGCCGUUGGAUGUGUGCAGUGAUGACUCAGUCAGGCAAUGUAUUGACAGUGUAAAGGACCGCCACAUCGACGUUCUCAUUAAUAAUGCAGGUGUGGGUUUGCUGGGCCCUGUGGAGAGCAUCAGUAUGGAUGAGAUGAAGAAAGUGUUUGAGACCAACUUCUUCGGAACUGUGCGCAUGAUAAAAGAGGUCAUGCCAGACAUGAAGAAGAGGCGAGCUGGCCACAUUAUCAUCAUGAGCAGCGUAAUGGGCCUGCAGGGUGUGGUAUUCAAUGAUGUCUACACGGCCUCUAAGUUCGCCAUCGAGGGCUUCUGUGAGAGUAUGGCUGUGCAGCUGCUGAAGUUUAAUGUGAAAGAUCCAACGCAACUACCACUUCAAGGUGUGGAAAGACUGUCUAUGAUCGAACCAGGCCCAGUGCAUACAGAGUUUGAAACAAAGAUGAUGCAAGAAGUGGCUAAGAUGGAAUAUCCUGGAGCAGAUGCAGACACAGUCAGAUACUUCAAGGAUGUAUACAUUCCAUCGUCCAUUGAUAUCUUUGAGGCAUUGGGACAAACCCCUGAGGACAUCGCUAAAUGCACCAAGAAAGUGAUUGAAUCCAGCCAACCUCGAUUCCGGAAUCUGACCAACAGCCUCUACACGCCCAUUGUGGCCAUGAAAUACGCGGAUGAGACCGGAGGACUUUCAGUGCACACCUUCUACAACCUUCUCUUUAACUUUGGCUCGCUCAUGCACAUUACCAUGAGCAUCCUCAAAUGCCUGACAUGCAACUGUCUGCGCAGACGCACCAUUUCUCCUGACUGAAGAGGGCAGCAGUGAGAUGCACACACUCACACUUCCCUCAGUUUACGGCAGAAUAGGACACAACUCAAUGCAACAAACACAAUACAAUACCUCAAAGGAGUAUUCCACAUUAAAACACAUUAUAAAAAGAGGCAGAUUUGGAUUUUCAAACAAAAAAAAACCACAUACAUGUAUCAUUGUAUUAAUGCUAACACCUCUAUUCAUCAGAACAACUCAGUUACUGUCAAAGCAGAUAAUGUUUUAAAAGAGUAGGUUGGUUAAGUUAUUACUGUGAUUGUGAAUUACGCAGAAUUUUUGUCUACGAAAAAAAACAGAAAUUGCUACAUGGAAUCAAACAGUACAUUAGUACACAAAGCUAAUCGUGAAGCUUAUGAUGUUCAUAUUCAAGUGAAAAAUAAUCACAUAGCUGCCUUCAUUUGUACUAAUGACGUACAUGGAGAUGUUUUUGAUGUUUUUAUCUGUUUAAAAUCUAUUUCACUCCUUUUA